UACACUUAGUGAAUUUUUCUUUUAAUUCCCUCCAAAGGUCAUCACUCACCUCGUGAAGAAACCCUCUCACCACUCACCAUCGCCACUGACCACUCACCAUCGCGCCGAAACCCUCUCACCAUCGCGAAGAAACCCACUUAUCACCACCCACCACUGACCGUCACUCCUGUUCGCCCUCAUCUAUGCGCUUCUCACCUUCGCCAACCUUGUUGCACACAACCCUCACCUUCGCCAUUCUCACCGUCGUUGAUGACCGUCGCUGUUGUUGCGCUGACCAUCGCUCUUCUUCUCGGUUCUACCCUAAUCGUCUUCUCUGUGCCCUAAUCACUGAUGACGGUCACUGUUCUGACCAUCGCUGUUGCUGCGCCACCGUCACCAUCAUCAUCUCCGUGCUUCUCAUCAUCGUCUUCACUGUGCUCACAUUGUUGAAUAUGUAUAUUGAAGCAGCAAUAACCAAGGAUGAGCUUCAGCACCUCGCUUUGCUGUUCAAAUCUAAAUUUGAUUCAAUUGGUCAAAUCACUGCUGGAGUUUUAUGGCUGCUUAAGUUGGAAGGUUCUGUUGGUCAGGCUGUAAUGGAUCAACUUGGUAACCUAGCUAGGCUAUCUUCAACGGGUAGUGUGAAGUCAUUGCUUUGUGAAAUAGCCUACAUGAACAUCUCUGGAACAUUAGUUUAAUUUGCAACCUCUCUUUCUCCGGAGAAAUUGAGCACAUUGAGAUCUUCAGGUACAUACUUUUCUCAUUUUUUUGUGCAGAAAAUUCUUAAAUUUUAGCUUCUUUCUUUCUUAGAAUUUGAAGAAAAGAGGUUUCUUGAAUCCAGUUUUCAUUAGCUCGAAUUUUUAAGACCUCUGGUUAGGAUGUUUGUGGGGGAAAGGGAGAGAAAAAGUACAAAAGGUAGACAAGAAAUCACGUGGUGUAUUGAGAGUAAAGCAAAGCUGAAUAAGGUAGGGUGUAACUUUAACCAUCAUUCUAUUUUAUUUUACUUAUUAAUUUAUUCUGGCCUUACUCAAUGCCAGCUAAGAAGUUAAGUGGAAGUUUGGUACACUUAAGAUGUUCUGUUUUAGGAUUUGAACUAGUAUUCUAUGCUGAAACUAGGAGUUGAUAUCGACACAGCAGAGUUGUGGUGAUUUCUUUGGCUUCUCUGAUUUCUUUCGUGCUUCAUUUUGUUGCCUUCCAUUUUAUUCUUGAUUUGGCCAGGGACAAUGGAUUUCCUUGGGUUUGCUGUAGGUUUAUUUUAGAGUAAAAUUCUUUUAUAUAAUAUAUAUCAAGUUGCUUAUACUCCAUUAACAAUGGAUAAUGGCUUAUAUCAAGUUGCUUAUAUUCCAUUAUUAACAAUGGAUAAUGGCUUAUCCUCUGCUAGCUAUUAGGCUAAACUGAAUGGCUUAAAAUUAUUAAAGGAUCAUAUUUAGUUCUCUAAUAGUUUUACUUCAAUACACUGCUCUAGGAUGUAUAAUACUGAUGAUUAUAUGAUGAUUUCAGAGAUUUGUUGUUGUUAAUUGAAUUUAUCAUACAAUGCUGUUUAGCUAUUUGAUUAGAUGCUUAAGGAUUAUCGGACUUCUUUUCAUUCUAGUAUGCUUCGUGAAUCCCAAGCUUGUGAAAAUUUCACAUGUGGUACAUAUGAUGAGUACUGCUGACAUAAAACAAAUAUACUUGGUUUAUGAAUGAUAGAAAUAAUAUAUAGACAUUGUGUUGAGUGAUGUUUGAAGUUGUUCUUCUCUUGCAUUUAUGAACUGUUUAAAGCAAUCCAUUCAUGCUUAUCAUUGUGAAUGUUUUAAACUUAUAAUCAGGUACCAUGGCUCCAUUAUCGUCAAUUCCUUGUUUUCCUUCUCUAGUUAAAGUGCUUCAAACGUAGCUCUUGAACUAGAUGUAUACUUUUAGUGUUAGUCUUUUGAGUGCUUCUUUCAUUUUUUAAAAAUAAAAUAUCCUAUACAUCGGGAGUGGUAUAGACUCAUGCAUUUAUUAAAGCAGAAAAGAUAAUACUACCUGAAGAUAAAAGCAAAAGGAAAAGAAUUCACGAUGGAAAAAAAUCAGGUAACAUCCUCCAUUUGACACACUAUUAUAUAUUUUCAUAACUCUACUUUAUUUUCCUUUUCUGAUAUGAAAAAAAGGUUGCUAAGGACAGGGCUAGCUGUGUGCAGUUGUGUCCUUAUAUGGAAAAAGUUUGUUGACUAUCACAGGAAAUUUAGAUGCAGAAUUCAAUGAUAAAUUAAUCACAAUAGAACAUAGUAGCUGUGCACUAAAAUAUUGGAGAUUUUUUUGGUCUGGACUAAUAUAUAGAUUUCUGACCUGUUUUUAUCACUACUAUUACCAAAUGAUAAACUAUCAAAAUGAUUGAAUCUUCUCAAAUGCAGAUUAUAGUUUACAGAAUAAUAAAGAGUAGUAACAUUAAAAGUCUAACUUGUCUAAAUUUUGAUUAAGUACAAAUCUUCAUUCUUAUUUCUUCCUCUUAUUGUUGCGGCUGUUGUUGUUGUUAACGGUUAAGUGGUGUAUUAUCCAAUUUGUGGGUAGGUAAAUUUUGAUGUGCAAGUGGAUCAAUUAUAUCAUCAAGAAAAAAAGAGCUAUAUAUAGACAAAACGCUUUCACUAAGAAACAAAAAAGGAACAGGGGGUCCAACUCCAGCAGCAGCACUAAAGCUAGACAAGCUUCUCCAUGAUUAGGUGCUAGUCCUAAUCAUGUUCUAUAUGUUGCUGCUGCAUGUAGUAGUAGUAAUUGGAGGAGUAAUAAUUCAAGAUUGGCUUGUGUAGCAAAGUUCAACUUUUCAAAUGUGAAGAGAAUAGGGAAACUUUGUGGCAACAGU